AUCAGGAUAUCAGGUGCCAUUUACCAAACAGCCCUUAAGUUGGCCUCAUCCCAGAUACAGAUGCUGGGGAACACUGAGGAAACUUCACUCCCAAGAAGAUGGCUCCGACUUUUGCUUUGCUGGUCCUUAGCCAGCUAGCUUUAUACUCAUCUGUAACAUCCAAGAAAGUGUGUGGACGGCCUCCUAUCACUGACGGGAUUGACACAUUGACCCUAAAACGUGUGUAUGAGGUUGGGGAAGAGGUGACCCUCACAUGUGAACAGGGCUACUUGCCUUCAACAGCAACCCCUCGAAGGUUGACCUGCAGUGCCACAGGAGAGUGGACACAGUCAGACCUGGCAUGCUCCCCUAAGAUGUGCCCAAUCCCAAGACCUCUGCAGCCAUUAGCAAUGGGGAGGACCGAAGCUCCAUUCAAGAGUGUCCUCAACUACACAUGUGAUGAUGGGUAUGUCAUUUUGGGAGCCAAUGAGAGCAGGUGUUUACAUGAUGGUACCUGGAGCAAUCCACCACCUCUCUGCAAAGCUGUGAAUUGUCCGCUGCCCAAGUCACCCAUAGACGGAAGAAUUGUCCAUGAUAAGCCAGUUACUGGAACCACCACAAUGUAUGGGCGAGGCUGGACAUAUGAGUGUAAUCCACCUAAGGCACCGAGUUACGAGAGGGGAUCCUGCAUGGCUGAUGGAAGUGUACCGGAGCCCCCGGUGUGCAGAGAGGUUAGCUGCUCCAUCCCAUCAAGCAUACCAAAUGGCUUUAUCACCUUUGCUGUGAUGAGACAACAUGGCUACAAGGAGAAGGUUAGGUACGCCUGCAAUGAGCACUAUACUCUGGAUGGCGAGGCUGAGAUGCAGUGCCAAAACACAGGAAACUGGUCUUCCAAGCCAGUUUGCAGGGCUCCCUGCAAAGUUGGCAUCAAAAGAGGCCGCAUCUUCUACAAUGCCAAGAAGCUCUGGAUUGCAGACCUCAAACCCAACAGAGUCCUCCAUGGAGAACAUGUUGUCUUCUAUUGUCUGAACAGAGCUGACAGUUGUGGCUACCCUGUGGCCAGCACCUGUAAUGAUGGAACCCUUCCCAUCCCAGAGUGCUUUGAGGAACCAGGCAAGAUGGAGUACACCUUAAGGGCCAAAACCCUUCCAUCAGAAAUCACAAUGUGUGCCGCUUCGCCCUCUGCCAGCCCUGCAAGAGCCGCAUAACUUUGUGCAGAACGACCUGAAACACAAUGUAUACUGAGAGGAUAUUAAUGAUUGGAUCAUGAAUAAAUAACAUGCUACAAGA